GGCCGCAAAUUAAAAAAAAAAUUCUCUCGACCCAAUAACCUAUCUUCAUCUCCAUGUCCAAGGAUCACCGUGGAAAUAUUCUUCAAGAAACUCUGCAAAAGCACGACAACCAACAACGACAAGAAGAAGGAGGGAUUGAAAACGAUGGAGUAAAAGAAGAAGAGUGCAAAACGCCAACGUCGAGUGAUCAGAAAAUAGCCAGCAUUCAAAGCUGCCCGCCGACGCCGAAGAAGAAAGUGAGAGCAAAGUUUGGGCUGAAGAGGAAGCUAUCAGAGUUGCACUUCUUCGAAACCACGAGAAGGGAAGAGUUAGAGUCGUUUUUCCGAUCCAACUCGGACCCAUUUACCUUUGGUGGUUCUCUCAAAUUCAAGAGGAGAUGCAGGAGUGCUUGAUUAAAUUAAACUAGCUAAGCAAUAAAUCUAUCGUAUCGUAUAUCUCAACAGCUAAAGUUAUUCCAUUUCUACUUCUUUUUAGUUUCU